AUGAGUCAUUUUGCUUGCUGCAGUGUUACUUUUUACGACAAUAGUACCCACUAUAAAAGAUAAGAAGCAUGGAGUCCUCAGCCCUCAAUGUGCAACAAGAGGAGGCAAACAAUGCAGUAGAUGUGGGGAAGGAUUUAACCACCACAGUUGCUAAACACUACAAUGAACUUAAGGAAACUGGACUAGAGCAACGAGCUCAGAGCAGAAUUUUCUACCUCAGGAAUUUUAAUAACUGGAUUAAAAGUGUUCUCAUAGGUGAAUUUAUACAAGAAUUAAAGAAGUCACAAGGACCAAAUGCACCGCUUACCGUUUUGGACCUAGCCUCAGGAAAAGGUGGAGAUUUGCUAAAGUGGAAGAAAGGAAGAAUUAGUCAUUUGGUUUGUGCAGAUAUUGCUCAGACUUCAGUGGAGCAGUGUGAAAACAGAUUCAAGGAAAUGGGAGAGCGUGGGAGGCGGGAGAGAUUCUCAGAACCAAUGUACACGGCAGAGUUCAUUGCAGCUGAUUGCACCAAGACAAGACUAAAGGAUCUGUACAAGGACCCUGAUAUAAAAUUUGACCUGUGCAGCUGUCAGUUUUCUUUCCAUUACUCAUUUGAAAGUUUACAGCAGGCAGAAAUGAUGCUGCAGAAUGCCUGUGAAUGUCUCAAACCUGGUGGUUACUUUAUAGGCACGACACCCAAUUCACACGAACUUGUUAAAAGACUGAGGGCAUCUGAGGAUAUGUCAUUUGGCAAUGAGGUCUAUAAUGUGACAUUUAAAUGUCCUGACAAAGACAAUCUGGCGCUGUUUGGCUGUGAAUAUAAUUUCCAUUUAGAAGGUGUGGUGGACUGUCCAGAAUUCUUGGUGUACUUUCCUUUGUUAGAAAAAAUGGCAGAAAAAUACAACUUGAAAUUAUUGUACAAGAAACCGUUUCACAAAUAUUUUGAGGAAAAUUCACAACAGGGGGACAGCAGAUCCCUUUUAGGAAAAAUGCAAGCAUUAGAGCCCUACCCACCACAUGAAAAUGUUGACUUGGUAUCUAAGAACACAGAGGCAUACAAAGCUACAGAGACAAAGUUACAGGCACUAAGGUCAAAAGAACCUGAAGAAUACAAGAAGAGAAGAAUGAAAGUCGGUACAUUAUCACAAGAAGAAUGGGAAGCUACAACAGUCUACCUGGUCUUUGCAUUCCAAAAGCUUGGAGAGGAAACAAAAGCUGAGAGCUCACAAGCUGGUUCUCCCUCUACAGAGCAAAGGCGAGGGAUGAAAAGAUCGCUAGAAACAAAAGAAGACGAAGAUCAGGAAGAAGUGUCACCAAAGAAAGUUGCCAAAGAAACAACAGACACAUAGAAACAUAUCACAUAUGUACUGGGGCCUGUGUAACAAAAGACUAACAACUUGAAAAUUGAUGCAUACUUUUAGACCAAAAUUUUGGUCUGCCUCAGCUCAAGAUGAAUCCAUGGUGGAUGACUUCCAGAUACUGUCUAGUUAUUCAUUUUGUAUUAGUAUGAAACAAUCCAUUUGUCUUGAUAUAGAACAGACAAAAUAUAAUAUCAUUUAAUUGGAUUACUUUACUAUUUUAUCUUGGGUCUAAGGACUUGUUCUCAGUGAAACUUGGUCUUCCUGUAUGGAUCCAACUGUGCAGGGUCUCCCGCUGAAUGCAAGCAGAUAAAGAGGUUCACAUGCCUCCUCCUGGUGUUGAAUAGAAUACAGAAAAGCAGUUUAUUAUACAAGUAUGUUGGAAACAAGAGGAGGCAUGUUAAUCUGUUAUUCUAAUUGCAUUUAGACAGAGUCCCUGCAGAGCUGGACUGAUAAUUUCAUUGGGAAUAAGCCCCAAGUAAGCUAAAGUCUUGGCUAAGAAGUUGGAACCAAUUUUUUUGAAAGUUCAUUGCUGAAACGAGCUCCAGGAUUUCAAAAUGUUGAUGGAAUUCAAUGUGUCAGUGUUGGGACAUAAAGUGUCAGAAUGAGAUGGAUGGAUGAAGGACCCACAGUCAAGGGAAUGUUAUAUGGAUUUUUUUAUUUGUCAGCAUAAUAGAUAUAACCUUUACAGUCUUGGUUAUAUUGGACUGGCAUUUCAACUUGGUGCUCCAGACGAGUAGUGUCGGGCUUUAAUUUCUGAUUUACAAAUCUCACAGGUUUUUCCAAGUAACAGUUUUGGAUCUUUGUUCUAUUUCCAUGUAAACUACAUACCUGCAUUAGUCAUAGCAUACCCAUUUUAAAAUGGUGUUGUAUAAAUGAAUAUAAUAUUGUCACAGUUAACGUAAAAUAUAUUACUAAAAUGCACUCCUGUCCUACACUUUGUUCUAUGAAUUGUUAGUGUUAGAAACUCAUUAAAAGGAAUAUAUUUACAAAAGGACAUA